ACUAUGGUCACUCCGCUGACAGACUACGAGAAAAGGAAGCAGAUCAGCGUCCGGGGGAUCGCGGAACUCGCCGACGUGGUGCAACUCAAGAAGAGCUUCAACCGACACCUGCACUUCACUCUGGUGAAGGACAGGAACGUGGCGACCCCCCGGGAUUACUACUUUGCUCUCGCACACACCGUGAGGGACCACCUGGUGGGGCGCUGGAUCCGCACUCAGCAAUACUACUAUGAGAAAGACCCGAAGCGUGUUUAUUACCUAUCUCUGGAGUUCUACAUGGGCCGGACUCUACAGAACACUAUGGUAAACCUUGGGCUCCAGAAUGCCACAGAUGAGGCCAUUUAUCAACUCGGUUUAGAUAUUGAAGAGCUGGAAGAGAUUGAAGAAGAUGCUGGGCUUGGCAAUGGAGGCCUUGGUCGCCUGGCAGCCUGUUUCCUGGAUUCGAUGGCAACAUUGGGCAUGGCAGCCUAUGGCUAUGGAAUCCGCUAUGAGUUUGGCAUCUUUAAUCAAAAGAUUGUCAAUGGCUGGCAGGUUGAAGAGGCCGAUGACUGGCUGCGUUACGGCAAUCCCUGGGAAAAGGCCCGGCCAGAGUACAUGCUCCCUGUGCACUUUUACGGGAGGGUGGAGCACACUGCAAAUGGCGUCAAAUGGGUGGAUACUCAGGUUGUCCUUGCCAUGCCCUAUGACACCCCAGUACCGGGAUUUAAGAACAACACUGUCAACACCAUGAGACUGUGGUCUGCCAAAGCCCCCAAUGACUUCAACCUGCAAGAUUUUAAUACCGGUGACUAUAUUGAGGCUGUGCUGGACCGAAACUUGGCUGAGAACAUCUCCCGGGUUCUCUAUCCCAAUGACAAUUUCUUUGAAGGUAAAGAAUUGCGGUUGAAGCAAGAAUACUUUGUGGUAGCAGCCACACUCCAGGAUAUCAUUCGCCGCUUCAAGUCUUCAAAGUUUGGGUGUCGUGAUCCGGUCCGAAAAUCUUUUGAAACAUUCCCCGAUAAGGUGGCUAUUCAGUUGAAUGAUACCCACCCUGCACUGGCUAUUCCUGAGCUGAUGCGAAUUCUGGUAGAUGUAGAGAAGAUUGAUUGGGAGAAGGCUUGGGAUAUAACCAAUCGGACCUGUGCCUAUACUAACCACACUGUGCUCCCUGAGGCUCUGGAGCGUUGGCCAGUUCACAUCUUUGAGAAACUCUUGCCGAGACACCUGGAGAUCAUCUAUGCCAUCAACCAGAAGCACCUGGAUAACAUCGCCACGCUAUACCCUGGUGACAUGGCGCGUAUGAAACGCAUGUCUCUGAUUGAAGAGGACAACCCCAAGAGGAUCAACAUGGCUCAUCUCUGCGUCGUGGGGACCCACGCUGUCAAUGGCGUCGCACAGAUUCAUUCCGAUAUUGUGAAGAAUACUGUUUUUAAGGAUUUCUAUGAACUUCAGCCUGACAAAUUCCAGAAUAAGACCAAUGGUAUCACUCCAAGGCGCUGGCUGCUACUCUGUAACCCAGGCUUGGCAGAUAUCAUUGCUGAGAAAAUUGGAGAAGACUUUUUCGUAGACUUGAGUCAACUGAAGCAACUGCUGAAGUAUGUUGAUGAUGAGUCCUUCAUCAGGGAUGUGGCCAAAGUGAAGCAGGAGAACAAACAGAAAUUUGCCGCUUUCUUAGAAAAUGAAUACAAGGUCAAAAUCAACGCAUCAUCCAUAUUUGAUGUGCAUGUGAAACGCAUCCACGAGUACAAGAGGCAACUGCUGAACUGUCUGCACGUUAUCACCCUUUACAACCGUAUCAAAAAGGAACCAAACAAAGCCGUUGUCCCAAGGACAGUCAUCAUCGGAGGAAAGGCAGCUCCAGGCUAUCAUAUGGCCAAAAUGAUCAUCAAACUCAUAACAUCAGUUGCAGAGGUUGUCAACAAUGAUCCCAUCGUGGGUGACAGACUGAAGGUCAUCUAUUUGGAGAAUUACCGGGUGUCCUUGGCUGAGAAAGUGAUCCCUGCUUCCGAUUUGUCCGAGCAAAUUUCAACUGCAGGCACGGAGGCCUCUGGCACUGGGAACAUGAAGUUCAUGCUGAACGGAGCCCUGACCAUAGGAACUAUGGAUGGAGCAAAUGUGGAAAUGGCCGAGGAAGCCGGAGAAGAGAACCUCUUCAUCUUCGGGAUGAGGGUGGAAGAUGUAGCGGCUCUUGAUAAGACGGGGUACAAUGCUAAAGAAUAUGUUGACAAAUUGCCAGAGCUGCGUCAAGCGAUGGAUCAGAUCAGUGGGGGAUACUUCUCUCCCAGAGAACCCCAGCUGUUCAACGAUGUGGUCAACAUGCUGUUGCAUCACGACAGGUUUAAAGUAUUUGCCGACUAUGAAGAUUACAUGAAGUGUCAAGCGAAAGUUAGUCAUCUUUACAAGAAUCCAAAGGAAUGGACCAAGAAAGUCAUUAAGAACAUUGCCACCUCGGGCAAAUUCUCCAGUGACCGAACCAUUUCACAAUAUGCCAGAGAAAUCUGGGGUGUGGAGCCAUCUGAUGUGAAGAUCCCUCCUCCAAAUGAGCCCAGGGAUUAAAGUGUGGAAUGCAAUGCACCCCUAUAUCAGUCCUGUAGUGCAGUGCUCAGCAACUAGGGUAUUCCAGACUUAUGCUAGGGCAUGUGAACCAUAUUAGUGAAGCCUAGAACAUGGCAAUGUCAAACUGGAUUCCUUAAUAAAGGCUCCAAAUUGGAAAAUCAUUCAAAUGCCCGGAUGUAUGUUAGCUGAUCUGCUUGCAGAGUUAUCAUUUACUGAAAAGAAUCCCCAUUUAUGACUGAAGGCCUGAGUAAGGAAUCCAGUUAGAAAUUGCCAUGUUUUGAACCAGAAUGUUCUGCAGUAAAUUACUUCAGUUUGUGUUGUCCUUGUAAAAUAUGGCCACAUCAAAGCAUGUUUAGGUAAAGGGGUGUUUGGCAUUCUUAUUUUGACUGUUAACUGGAUAAUUUUUGGAAUGAAUUUUGGAGACCAUAUUGUCGAAGAAAUUGCAAUUUUCCCUUUGCCUUUCCAAUGAUCAUUAAUCUUGUUGUGCUUUCUUCCCCCCCCCUCCUAAAUCUAAACACCAAUGUUGCAUUAAAAUAUUCUUCUACCAUAGUGUUGGUCAGCCAGUGCCUCCUGUGCUAUCCAGAGAGUGGAAUGAACAAAAGAAUUUGCAUUUGAACUUUUCUUGAGAGGAUUAGGGUGUCAUUUAUUUCAAGUUGUUUGAAACACAGUGCAACAAAAUAACUGCAAAAAUGGGUCUAAUUUGCAAAUUGGGUUGACCAUAUGGAAUAAUAGUAGUAAUCUUGCAUUUAAGGAUCAUUCUCAUUGCUGUGUGCCUUUGCACACCGUGAGCUCAACCAACUAAUUUUGCACAUAGUAGUAACCAGGGACUAGUGGAUACUCUGGUCCUUUAUAUUAGCUAAUUGCAUUAUUGAAGAGCAUCUGUAUGCCUUUUUCAGCCUCCAUUCGAAAAUGUUCCAACAAGAAUUCAAGGGACCACAUUUAAUUAUUGAGCCUUUAAUAGUACUGUAUUUUUUUAAAAUUGCAGUUACUCAACCCACACUGGGAGCAGGAAGAAUAACUUGCACUAUUGCUGGUUGUGAUUUAUUGCUUUUAAUAGUGUAAAUCAGAAUAAAAGCCAUUCACUGAUUCAAAAGCUGUAUUUUGGAGUGUAGGGGCUAUUUGGAGCUAUUCUCAGAAUAAAUUCUGCAUAUUUCUUGUUUAGAGCCUUUUUUGAUGCCAAUAUGCAAAUAAAUACGUGCAGCACAAUGCAGCUAACAUUUGCUUUUGUUUAAGGGCCAGCGUGGAAUAGACUCUGACCACCAUGAAUGUGGAGCUUUAUCAAACUUUUUUUUUAGUGCCCUGUUUCCAUUUAGAUCACGUCUCAUCACUGAAAAAUGUAGGCAACCAAGUCUGCAGCAAUGUAAGCUGUGCAAAUGCACCCAUGUGUUCUAAAAACAAGAUCUGUGUUAUUAAAGAGAAGACUAAGCUUGUUUUGAUCAGUUGGUUUAUAUCUCUGAAUAAGUGGGUUAUCCUAACCGUACCUGUCUAUUAAAUUGAACGCUGUAGUGGAUCUUUUAUUUGCUGGUUGUAUUCCUCUUUUGAAUGUCUUCCUUUUUAACCAGGUACUGUUUGCAGACCCCACUGUUGAAGUACUGUAAAGGUUUACUUGCAUUUUGUCAUACGAAAUGUAUUGUUACUUUAGUCAUUACGAACAAAUAUAACAGCACUGUAAUGCA